AUGCUCCGCAAGACACGUUUCGUCUGUGUUUCCGACACCCAUGCCUAUAUACCCUCGGAAGCAGGGAUGAAGCUCCCAGCGGGGGAUGUACUUAUACACGCGGGCGAUUUGACAAACAAGGGAAGCUUGGCCGAGCUACGCCGAACGAUGGAUUGGAUAUCUAAAGCCGACUUUGAAAUUAAAAUCAUCGUGGCUGGGAAUCAUGAUGUUACCUUGGAUCCCGAGUUCUAUGCGAAACACGGACGGGAUUUCCACAACUCACAGCUCGAAGACCCAAGACAAUGUCUCGAGAUAGUCACAAACGCAGCGCCAUCUGUCAUCUAUCUCCAACAUCAGGCCGCUAUAAUCAACUUGACUCGUGGACCAAACACCUCAUUUAAGAUCUUCGGGUCUCCAUAUUCACAAUUCGAAGGGAAAUGGGCAUUCGGAUAUAAUAAUGGCAAGGAUGCAACGGCACUUUGGGACCAGAUCCCCCAAGAUAGUGAUAUUGUCGUUACGCAUACGCCACCGCAAUCUCACUGCGACCAGAAACCGACCGGCAAGCAUGUCGGAUGCAACGCGCUUCGCCAGGCUCUGAGACGCGUCAGGCCGCCGUUAGCUGUUUGUGGCCACGUGCAUGAGGGUCGGGGCUACCAGCGAGUUCGUUGGCAAUUAAGCACGCCUAUUAAUGGAAAUGGAGAUGGUGUGGAUGAUAGUCAUAUUGAUGGUGACAGCGAUACUAUCACUCAAGGGGCCUUGCCGCCGCCGGACAGCAAGAAACAGGCACUGAUUGACUUGACCAGUAAAAGAGGAAACAAGCUGGAUAACGAGGGAUAUUCAUUUUCAGCCUCGUCUUCCCUGAUAACACCUGAUCCUGCGACCAGGGCGUCGAUGUCACCAGUCUCGUUGGUUGGAUCAGCUGCAAACCGAAUCCUGUAUCAGGCUCCGUCGCUGAGCGCGGGUACCCAUGAUCUGGGCUGCAAUGAUAGUGAUAGGCCGGAUGCUCAUGCUGAACAAACGCUCAGAAGGGAAACAUGCAUUGUAAAUGCCGCCAUAUUAGCUACUAGCUGGCCGCACCGGGGAGGCAAGCGGUUCAAUGCACCGAUCAUUGUGGAUCUGGAGCUUCCAGUUCGCCAGGGCGACCACGCGUCGCGGUCGCUAUUGGAUUGA